AGGCUAUACUUUUCAUCUAAAUGUCAAUAACAACAGUGCGAAAUGAAAUUUUACAUCAAAACAUUGUAAGAAAAAGAUGGCGGAUAUAUCUUAAAGCUCAUUUCGCUUGGAUAAUUAUAGUAGCUACUACACGUAAGUCAUGGAUUUUAAUGAUAUUCAACUGCAAAGAAGUAAAAACGGUAGCCUGCCACACCUUUCAAACUGGUCAAGACAUGAACCAGCAUCGAUAAAAAGAAGUGAUUUGGGCAACACUGACCACUGGGCGAAGACUAAACACAAAAAUGUGACAUUGUUUACAACUGGUGUUGAUAAAAAGACACAUUUUUAUCCAGGGGAGAGAUACCCGCAUGAAGUGCCCCCAAAGACUGCUUCAACUUUCAUUACUCCUCAUUUUCAAGUAGAUGGUAAAAUGAAACACAUUGGAACUAUCACCUUCACUGACUUGCUACUCAAAGAACUUAAUGGUAAUUGGCCUGGAGAUUAUCAAAAAACGCGAAUUGUUAACCCCCAUAACAUCAGGACCAAUGCUAACCGAAGAGCAAGGGACGGACUUGAGUACUGGUAUAAAGAUCCUAUAACAUUGAAGCCAAAAGCAUCCAAAUCAUGGAUUGGCAACGGUGGUUCGAUCAUUGGAACAUCGCAGAAAUGAACAUGGCUGAAGUAAUUAUUCUCUUUCAAAUUGAUCUGGAAUUCACCAACCUAACGAACUUCAUUUUGUGAUAGGAAAUAAGAACAGAAAUCAACAAUUUAUUUAAAAAUUCACUUUGUAAAUAUAUUACUACAGUAAAACUCACUUAUUUUGAACUCUA